UGGCAGAGAAUGGAGUGUUUGGCGUUUGUCUGCGGAUUGUCGGCAGUGAUUUUAUCAAGUAAUGGGACUUUAUUAGUGCAUAUUAUGAAGCCUACACCUCUAAAAAGUGGAAUGCCAAAUUUCGCUAUUGCGCAACUCCUCCGCGCACAUUCAACAUGGCGGCGGGUCAUUGGCAGAGGAUGGAGGUUUUGGCGUUCGUCCGCGGAUUUUCGAAUCCAGACGUAUAAAGAGUGCAAUGUCAAAAACAUCAUUACUGCGCAACUUCACUGCGCACAUCCAUCAUGGCGACUGGCCACUGGUAGGGGCUGCAGGGUUUGGCGUUCGUCCGCGGAUUUUCGAAUCGAGACGUAGAAAAAAUGCAAAUGCCAAAAACACGGCUAGUGCGCAACUUCUCUGCGCACAUCCAUCAUGGCGGCCGGCCUCUGGUACUGCACGAAUAGAGAAGGAUCAACGUGAAAAGUGGAAUUGUUGGAGUUGGAUUGGAAUAUAUGCCAAGCUGACGCCGGGUGUUUCAACGACCGGUG